UGCGUCUUCUCGGCAGAAUAGCAGUCACUAGCAAUCAUUAGCACGACAUCCUGCGGAGAUGAAGAAUUCUGUGUCCCUGGGUUUCUUCUUUCUUUCUCCUUUACUCUUCACCGCCACCCUUUUGCUAACAAGCCAGUGCACUAUUGUCCAGUCUGCUGCCAAUGAUCUGAUAGCACAAACAUGCAAGCACACACCAUACUACAGCCUCUGUGUCACUUCUCUUAAGUCUGUCCCUAAAAGCUCCGGAGCAGAUGUCCAGGGGCUAGCACUCAUCAUGGUCGAUAUAGUGAGGGCUAAAGCAAGCACAGCACUGAGAUUCAUCAACCAGGAGCUUAAAAGGAGCCCAGGAUUAAGGCGACCUUUGAGGUUUUGUGCUAGCUGCUACGAUGCAAUUUUAACAGCCGACAUCCCGGAAGCUAUUGAAGCCCUGCAAAAGGGCGACCCUAAAUUUGCUGAAAAUGGUACAAAUGAUGCCGCCAUUGAAGCCACUUCUUGCGAAGACGGUUUCCACGGCAAAUCUCCCCUGACCAAUCUGAACAGAGUAGUGCAUGACACCUCAGUGGUUGCUUCUGCCAUCACCAGGCUGUUACUUUGAACCCUGCUUUGUUUGCUUAAAAUUGCUAGGAGUUUCAAUCCAAUUUGAUUUUUAUUUCUUUUAAUGCACUUGUUUUAAUUUUUGGUGUCCGGAAUUUGUUGCUGAGAUGAAUGGGAGAGUAGUUCUAGUGUUUACUACCCCUAUCUGCCAUUGUUUUGAAUUUUCAUCAACCUCUGGUACCACUUGCAUCUUGAAAAUUUUUUAUGCCUUACUGCAUCCUGUAAUCACAAUCUCCUCUGGAAAAGAAACGCAGUUUACCGAGGUAAAUGACAGAUUGGUGUUAGCCUCACAAUCCUAUUGCCUUUUUUCUUCAAAAGUUUGGUCAAUCCUUGAUUUUUCACAUUUAAAUGGCUUUUUGUUCCUUACUUAAUGUAGCUAUGUCCUCUCCACUGGAGAAGGAACACAGAGAAAUGUGGUUCUAGGUGGUACUAUAUUUGCUAUUAUGGUCUGCUAGAGUGAUAGCCAUUGCUUAUAUCGAGUUUUGUGAGGAUGCUUGUGCUAGGACUGCAGAAUAGUCUUAUGGACUGGAAAUC